GUCAUGGCAACGGAGCGGUUGUGAGCGCGCGGCUCAGCCCGCCUCGCCACCGUUGGGCCGCCACGGGGCUCCUGAGGGGCGGGCGGCGGGGGGAGGAGAAGGCCGUGGCGAAGCGCUGAGGAAUCGGCGCCUUCCUCCGGCGGGCGGGCCGCUAGCACGCGUGCAAAGCUAAGCAUUGAGUGUGGGGCCUGUCUCUUGUACCCCGGUUCUGUACUAGCGACUCCUAAAACCGCCGUGUGCAAACGUGACGAGCGGCCCCGAGCCAAGCCGUGUCUCGGCCCUUUGCUUUCGGCCAGGUGCGGCGGCGGGCUGCGGGGCGGCAGCGUGCAGGUAGAGGAGGCCUGGUGUGCCGGCAAGGCUGUCCUUAUCGCCGGUCGCGGUUAUUGAGCGGUUCUGCAGGAUCCCUCCUGCCCUCUGCUGAGCUCGAGUCCGAACGUUGCUCCAUUUCAGCUUUUCCACCUCAGGCUGGAUGGAAAAAGAGAUGCUGCACACUGGCCAUGGCUUUCAGGGCUGUGAAUUCAAGAAGACAUAUCGGACUCCAGCAGCUCUCAUCCUUGGCGUGGGCUGGACGAACGUUAUUGGGACCAAUGAAAGCCUGUAAAUUUGUUGUGGAUGAAAGCACCGAUGAAAGCAUGUUGAUUUGUUCUGCUGUUAGACUGAUGGAAAGUUUGGAUUUAACUAGUGCUGCUGGACAGCUUCUUAAUGAAACCAUUCAGGCCCAAAGCAAGGAAUUUAAAACCGGGAUGAGUACCCUGUUAUUUCUUGUUGGUGCAUGGAGCAACGCCAUACUGGAAUGCCUCCAGCAGAACGUUCCUGUUUCAGCAAUAGUAUCUGUGAUGUCUGAGGGGUUGGACUCUUGCUGUGAGAAAGUCCAGUGUCUUCAAGUAUCAGUACAUGAUGUAAACAAAGAGCUGUGUUCUAGCAGUGUUAGGCCAAGCGCUUCUGAAAGUAAAGCUUCCCAAAUUCCAUGUGGCAGUUCUCUAAAUCGUCAGAUUUAUCUGUGUUUUCAGAAAGAUAUUUCUGCAUCAGAAGAACUUGUUCCAAGGAAUUCUUAUUUCCCUCAGGAAGCUGAUUGUAAUUUUAAUAAGGGCCUGGUUUGGCCUUUGGCCAGCUUUGGUUCAGUAGCUUCCCUUGUCAGGUCAGUGGAUGAUGGAAGUACAUCUGUGAUUUCUGGAAGUGGUGUCUCUGCAUCCAUCUGUAAACAAAAAAAGUUAACUCACAGCAGAUACUUCAGCCCUGGAGCAAAAAGCCAUGUUUCAAGUCACCUAGGUGAUUCUCAGGUAUACCUCUCAGGACAGUCAGCAUAUACUUGUGAAUGUUACGGGUUAGGACACCUGGCAAUGGCUCUGAGCCAUGGAAGUCAGCCUAGCAUGAAACUGCUUCAAAGCAUUGUUGCGUAUCAACACGAGAGAGCAGAAUGUAGUGGCUCUUCCCAGUUCAGUAUCGCAGAAAUUGCAACAUGCUGUUUACCAGGUCUGCCUGAAAGUUACUCUUGUGUUUGCCCAGGUUUUGUCACUCUCGUGUCACCAGAACAAGCCACAGUUAUCAAACACUUUCAGGACAAAUCCCUUUGGAUUGUGCUAAUGGAUGGUGACCUCACUGAGCAAUAUCGUCACUUAGGUUUCACUAAACCACGGAAUGUAAAGACCAUAUUGGAGUAUCCUAGCCUACAGGAAGGUGGAUCGAGAACCUCGUGGCUAAGCAAUAUGUUAGAUAUUCUAAUAAGCUUGGAAGUAAACUUGGUUUUGGUCAAAGGAAAUGUGUGUGAAAACUUAAUGGAAAGAUGCAUCGCAAACAAUAUAUUGGUAAUUAGUUCUGUGACUCAGAAUGUGUUGAGUGCCUUUGGGGAGGUGACCGGUGCCCAGCCCGUGACGUACCUCACUCAGCUGAAUGCUUCUUGCCUGGGGAGCGGGGUUCGGGUGGAGCUGUGGAAGGGCUGCGAUGAGCGUGCAAUGGAACUGGGUCAGCUUGUGCCAGUCAGGAUAAAAGUGCAAGGAAUUUCCCUGCUCACGGCUGUGCUCACCACUGCUGUAGCUUCAAAGAUGUGUCUCAUUGAAGACCAAUUUUGGACUUUUGUGUAUCGACUCCAUCACGCUUUAAGGGAUGGGAAGGUUUUUCUUGGCGGUGGUGCGGUUGAGUUCUUAUGUCUUAGUCACAGUCAGAUGCUUGCAGAACAGUGUUUAAAGCUAGCAGGUAAAAAGGCUGUGAAGGAGUUCCGUAGUCCUCAGCUGGCAGCAUUUUCGUCAGAGUAUAAAGCAGUUGUGCUUCAAGCACUAGCCACUGGCUGGAGCCAGUAUCUUUCCGUGGUUAUGUAUAACACUGCAAAAACAGCGUCGGAGUUUGAAGCGCGUACCUUAAUUGAUCAUCACCUCCAAAAAGCAGCUGACUGUGGCUCUCCCUCAGCGUAUGUACUGAAAGAGUUCAGAAGAGGCAGUAUGUUCAGGGGUUGUUCUAUUCCUUUCACUGACAAUGAAGAGGGUGUAAAGGUUUAUGAUAAUGUUACAGCCAAGAUGGAGGCGUGGCGGAGAGCUCUGGACUUGGUGCUGCUGGUGCUUCAAACAGACGCUGAAAUCAUCAUAGGUCCCAGAAGGAGUCAGCUAUUAAACUCACGUUCAUCGAGUGAAUUUAUGUUUUUGUAGGGCUUUCUUUUUUCUUUUUUUUUUUAAUGAGUCCAGGAGUCAACGGGUGGAAGACGCCCAGGUACAAUCUACAUUUCUUCAAAAAGCAAACAGUAACAAGGUAGAUCGCAUUUCCCAUUUCUACAAACUGGAGUUAAAUAAAACAAAAAUCACUUGUGGGCUAAUCUCUAACCCCAGCCGUCAGUUCCUAACUGAUGAUACUGUCUACGUGGAUAGGCUAAUCCAGUCCAGCUGACUUUUCUAGCUUUAUUUAGCAGAGCAGAUGUGCAGUUCUUUUUUUCAUUAUAAAGAGGAGCACUGUGAAGUCAAGUUGGAGAAAUGUUAGAUUCCUUGUAUAAACUUGUAUAUUCCGAACGUGUGCUGUCUGCACGGGGUAUUUGCACUCAUAUAAAGUACUUAAUAUCUUCUAAAGAGGGGGCUUUCUUACAUAAUGUUGGCUUACUUGGCUGUGUUAGACCUAAGAGAUACUUAAGAUCGUGAUUCAUAACGGUUAUUCAUAAUUUUUAAAAUCUUGCUCUUAACUCCUUUGCAUUCCAAGUUAAGCUCACAAUAACUUAUGACUGUUGCAUCUUAAACUAAGAGAUUGUAAUGGUUGAUUCUGUUUUUGCAUAAUUGUAUGGGCAAUAUGUUUUCUAUUUUGAAAUAUAUUCCCUUUGAAAUGUCUCAGGUUUCUGUAUAAAUUCAGGCUGAAGCCUCCCUUUUUGUAUUACAGAGCAGAUAUAGCUCUACACAGUUCUGUUUCUAUACCGACUUGGAUUUUUAGAUUAUUUCCUUUAGGUUCUUUCAGAUAGCCUCGUGGAGAGGAAAAGUGUAAUUAUGUCAGCUGUUUGCUAAAAACUGAAAAUGAAUCUUACCUGAAUGGUUGAGGCUCAGGCGUGGCGCUGUGUCUCAGCACUUAAAAACUGAAAGCAGAACAAUUCAGAAGUGGCUCUUUGUUGCAAGAGAGAGGUUUGUAACGUAUGUUUGUAAGAGGGUAUUUUUUCAGAAAUUGGCAUUUUGACAUAGUGAUGUGUUGGGUGAAAGCAGAAUGUAAAGAGAAUGGAAAGGGUCAUUUGAAGAGAAUUAGGAACUCACUUUAGGAAUUGAUUCUCAUUAAAAUGCUGAUGCCUGGCAGUACUUGGCUUAAGCACUUACCCAUUCUGAGUUCUGGUGACAUACAGUCCUGUGGUGGUGAAAUCUAAGAAUUGGGGUGGGCUAAAGAGUAUGUUUUCUGGGUCCUGAUUCCUUUGGGCUUACUUCCAUUGUCAUAUGUCUUCAUCACAGAAGACAUUUUAGAGAGGAGCCAUCAGCUGUGUUGAAUCCCCGUGGUCUUUGGCUGUGCCCCAGUACCUCUGAUUCCUGAUGGAGUUGCUCCUUCUGCCUGGGAAGGCCUCUCCCCUUUGCCUGUGUAUUUCAGGGUGCCUAAUUCCAGAAGGCUUGAGUUUAUGGAAAGGAAAGGCAGUUCCUAAAAUGUUUCUCCCAUGGUGCCAACCAUUAACCUGCAGCAGCCUUCUGUGCUGUAUGUAUUUUAGCAAAUUCCAUAUGCAGCUCUUUCAUAGAGCUGUUUGCCAGAGUGGUUUAUGCUAAGUGAAUGACUCAUGUAUUUAGUAUAUGGGGCAAGGAAAGACAUAGAUAAUGAAGUUCACCCUUAAAUGUUGUAGGUGCCUAUAGAUGCAUUUGUGUAUGAAAGUUAUGUUGUAUGUUAUGUUGGUGUGUUUUCAAAUGUUGCAUUGAGAACUCUCAUUGCUGCAUUUGACGUUUCUGUUUUCUAAUUGAAUGUAAAUAGAAGGCCUUUAGGAAGGCUAAGGGAGCAUAUGAAUUGCAGUUACUGUUUGUAAAUAUCAUGGAAUAACUUUUCUGUUUGUGGAAAGCUGUGCUCAAAGUAUUUGGCCACCACUUAUCUGAAAGUAUGCGUAUUUUACUUUUCUUACAAACUCCAGAAAUCAGUGGGUUUUGGUAAAAUCUCAUAGGUAAUAUACAAGUUUGAAGGAAAAGUUCUUAGCACCAUACAGAUCUAUUUUAAAGUUGUGAUCAUACUGCAGUUAUAUUUUAAUUAUUAGGUGAUUGGCCAUUGUAAGUGCUAGGUCAUGCGUCUCAAGACAUCAGAGAAACCAGUUUGAAAACCAGCACAAGAAAGAUGUGGAACUGUUGGAACGGGUCCAGAGGAGGGCCACUAAGAUGAUCCGAGGGCUCCUAUGAAGAAAGGUUGAGGGAACUGGGAUUGUUUAGCUUGGAGAAGGCUCCAGGGAGACCUCAUUGUGGCCUUCCAGUGCUUGAAGGGAGCGUAUAAACAAGAGGGGGAAUGGCUGUUUAUGAGGGUAGAUAGUGAUAGGACAGUGGUCUUAAACUGAGACAGGGGAGGUUUAGGUUAGAUAUUAGGAGGAAUGUUUUCACACAUAGGGUGGUGAUGCACUGGAACAGGUUGCCCAAGGAGGUUGUGGAUGCCCCAUCCCUGGAGGCAUUCAAGGCCAGGCUGGAUGUGGCUCUGGGCAGCCUGGUCUGCUGGUUGGCGACCCUGCACAUAGCAGGGGGGUUGAAAUUCGAUGGUCAUUGUGGACCUUUUCAACCCAGGCCAUUCUAUGAUUCUAUGAGAGAUCAAAAGGUUAAAGGAGGUAGAGGGUAUAAGGGGAAAAAAGAAAGGGAAACCCAAUGUAUAAAUAGAGACAAAUUGUGCUUCUUUGCAGCUGUUUGCAGCUCGUGUUUGGCUUUACUGUUUUUCUUGAGCCUCCUGUACUUAGUGUUGCAUAAUCCCUGUUUCCAAGAAAAGAUCCAGUUGCACUUCACUUGAAUAAUAGAGUUAAGUGGAUUAUGGAAAAAUUUCAUACAUGAAUUGUGCUGAAGUGGUCCAAGCGUCUAUUUAUAAGGCUGUAAGGCACUGUGAGCUGACGCACCAAGCGUUGAGAAAAUCCAAUGAUGUCAUUUUUCCAAUCAGGCUAUUUAAAAGUACUUAAUGGUGUAUUUAAAUUCUGCGAAGCAGAGGUUUUCUGAAAAGCCCUCAGACAUAGUAUUUUGAUUAUUUAACAGUUGCUUUUCUACAGGCCAACAAAAUGGGAAGUUUUAAAACUUUGCUGGAUACUAUAUAGUGGAUUACUUAAAAUUGUCUCUUUGAUUUGCAUAGAAGAUAAAGGCGCGCUGUCUUCAAGGCGUCCUCCUUCUGCAGUGUGAAGUCUGAUAUACGUGUGGACUCCUCGGCACCAAAUCUCUAACAUCUUGCUGCUACAACAUGGAAUUGGUCCCUGCAUGCGUCUGGCAUGACUUGACCUAGUGUGGGGAAUUGUGCCAGCAACUGCCGCUGGCAGUUUCAGCUUUUCCCUUGGCAGAUGUUCCUCGGCCAUACACAAAGGUUGUUUGUAUAGAGUAUGAUGUGAUGGAAGAGCUAAGCUUUUGCAUUUGACGUGCUGGGGAUAUUGAAAGACAAAAGAGGUUUUAGAGCAGGGAUUGUCUCAAGAAGCAGGCAGCCUGUGACUCUGCUGGAACCCUGUCCUUGUUGGGUGCCCGGUUCUGCCACUGUGCUACUUUGAAUGGAGGGAGUCCAGAAGCCCUCUUGAGCUCAGUUCCGUGCAAGUAGUUAGAGCAGUUCAUAUGACACGAAUUUAGAAUGUAAAAAAUCUCAGACUUAAUUCUGUCACUUGCUGCUCAGGCAUGGACAAACAAGAGGCUGGUUUUGAUCCUAAAUGGCGGAGGAAUGAAAGAACACUAUUCUAGUUUGGCUUUCUGUCUGUUUCUUCCAUUAGUAAUACCCAUUUCUUUAGAAUUUGGAAACACCCACAGUGGUGGUAGUGCUGUGAUUCUGUUCGUUGCGUUAUGUUCCUGAAAGCCUUGUUAUUUCUUUUGCUGUUUCCAUUUUGAAAGUAGCAAUUAGCAUCCGUGGCUGUGUGUGCAAGCUUUGCAAAUGCUGGGCUGCGUAUUGCGCAGUGCCCAACAGAGCUGGAAUUGUGUUACGUGCAAUACAGUAAGCCUUGAGAACGUAGGACUGGGAACCUCUGGCAAACACUAGCAGAUAGCUCAGGGACGAGGUAGCAGUGUGUCAUCAGAGGAAACAAUGCAUAACUGAGGCACAGCUGCACUUCUGCAAGCACUCCUUCCCCAGGCAUGCAGUGUGCAUUUCAAGACUUAGCAGAGGAACAUCAAUGAACUUAAUAGUCAUGUGUCUACAAUGUGAGUAUCUUGGUGGCCUCUGAGAAGCUAAUUUUUCUUAGAAGGGAGUUUCUAGUUUUUGCUGUUCAAAGACAUUGUCAAUGUAAACACCAGUCACAGUGAAGCUUCCUGCAGACUGACUAACUGGUGUGUGAUCUUUGUGAGCCGAGUGCUGACCACAUUGCUCACCAUCUCCUUACCUUUGAGCUCAAGGCACUGAACUCCCAGAGGACGUGAUGAGGAACAUCCUGAGCAGUGGAAAGGAUGUUAUGUAGUAGCUUGGUGGCUUGGCAUGGCCGUGUAGAAAUGUGAUUAGUGAACUUGUCAGUGCAUAAAUUGACAGGCUGAAAUCCUGCAAAACAGAGGCAGCAGUCCUCAAAGCAGUUGCUGAAGUGGGGAGCACACGUGCACACCUCAGGGCGGAUGUAGCUGUGGUAGUUUGUAGCUGGGGGAAGUGACGGUGUCCUCCUUGUCACACACAGGUCAGGGAGGCACAGUGGCAGUUCAGGAAAGAGGUGCUUCCCAGAGUGAAGGGAAAAAGGAGUUCUCUAAUUUCUCCCUCCACUAAGAGAGGCCCCUGGGGAGUGGCUUUGUAUGACGUUUAAUCCAACCCAAUGUUUACCAGCAUGGUCCCUGGAAGCCACAAGUUUCUGUGUCACUCAACAAGUGGGACUUGGAAUAGAUGUCAUGCAACUGUAGCCACAAUGAGCCGGCUCACUCCACUGGAGGCACAAGAAAACUGCUGUUAGGUUUUCACUGGUGGCCGUGAUCCCUUUUAUAAUGGGAAGGUACCUGAGAUGAAGUUUUAAAUAGAGGCAUGUAGCUAGAACAGAGUGAGAGCUGAGGUUGCUCUGCUGUAUGGAGGCAUUGCAUCAGUGAGUUUAAGGCUACUGCACUCACAGCUACACUUUUUGGGAGGAUGAUUCUUUUAAAUGUUUAGUUAAAAGGAAAUUGUAUUGCUAGCUUUCUGAUGUUUGUAUAGUAAGCAUGGCAUCCUUCAGGGUGGGAAAUAUACACAAGUCGUUCAUAAAUAUACACCUGAAUUUUAAAAUGUCUGCUACAAGAUUACAUGGUGGUUCUAUCCUGCUUAUUAAAUCUAAUAUACUGUAAAAAGAGGGCUUCCAAGUAGGGUCUGGAAAGAAACAUUGCUACAGCAUAGAUUUCCAAGUCUCUAGGGUUACUUUAAAGCUGUUGCAGGGGACACAAGAAGGACAGGAGACAUGUUUGGGAGGAAUUCUAGCACGUUUUUCAGCGGGUUGGAAGGGAAAGGCUGGCCCAUGAUCAUAUACAGAUGGUGAAAGAGCACGUGGGAAGGAGGGGAAGCAAGCAGGGAAAGCCUCUACUUGGUUUUCUUGCCUCACAGAGAUUCAAAACAAGAGUACAAAUCUGUCUGGGUGGAAAGGAAUUCUUUUCUUUGAGACUCAGUCCAAACAAUAGGAUUUUUUUUUUCAUUACUGCAAGAUUACAAAAGAUACUGUGCAGUUUUUCUUUAGAAGUAGUGACCAGUGUCAGUUCAAAUCAGUAGGCUGGGGUUUCGUGUUAUUAGCAGCUUUUGUCUGCUGUGUUGUGAGACCAAAUAUUUAACCAAUGUUGUGGAUUUGGAGAGAUGACUGAAAAUAACACGUAACAGUUGCUUGAACUGAUUUAUUUCCAAGGUGUAAUCUGAGUCACUGCUUUCACUGUUUAAACUUCAAAACAAAACAUCUAUUUGUUAAUACUGGAGAGCCAAAAUAACUCCAGAAGUGUUGUAGAAGAUAUAUGUAUCUAUGAUACAUGUGUUCUACAGCAGAACAGAGGUACUUUCUCAGUUAGCAGCACUAACCUGUAGUCACACAGUCCUGAACCAGGACAGCUGAUCUACUGACCUCCUGUUUACAUCAAUGAAAACCAUCUGUCUCAUUUUUUCAGACUCUCUAUUGUCAAUAAAUCCUAGUUUUACUGAAAAAGUCUUUUACAAAAACAAAUUAAAAAACCCAACCAGACAACAACCACCACCACCAAAAAAAAAAAAACAAAAAAAAAAACCAACAACAACAAAAAAACACCUCCAACAAAGAAAACACACAAAAACCCAAACAGUAAAUGGAAAAGAAUUGUCUUGUUUUGGGUAUUAAUUCCUGUAUUUCAUUUUCUGCUUACUGCGUUUGCAAUUCUGUCAGUGGACUGCAGCUCAGACACACGUAUACCAUGCAGGUAUUAUUUUACUGAAUAACUCCAUAUCUCUAUAAUGUCACUGAUUUCCUACAGUAAUGAAAAUUAGACUGGUCCUCCUGCAGCAGUAUAAAUAUGUUAACUAGAGCGAUUCAGUUAACUGGAUAACUACAUCUCAUGUAUCACUGCAGUUUCUCAAGUAUACCUUGCUCAAGGUAAGGGGUAGUCAGUGUUCAGUACUCCCCUUCUUGCUGCCCUACAUCUCUUAGUUCACAUAAGUACUGUUUAAAUAGCCAUCCCGAGAAUAUUAUUCGCCCUGCUCAAGGAUACUUAUUUUCUGGAGCCAUUUAACUGUGAUGGUAAGUUGAUGGCUGCCAGAAGCCAGGAAACUCAGACUCAAAUGACAGUAAGAAAACUUGACUGGAUACGGAAUUUAUCCUUGUUUAUCUGAAAUACUAGGCAAUUAAUUAAAAGAAAAAAUGAUCCUGGUUAGGCAAUUAUUCUAGCCUGUAUUGUUAAAGUAUUUGACAUUUCAAAGCUGUGCUAUAAAUAAACUCCACAGAAUUGCCAAGUAUCACAUCACUAAUCAGUAUACAUGGAGUUUCUGUGGCUAAUACAAGAAUCCUUCUUAAAUUUCAGCUCCAGUGAUGGAUUCCAGGGAGUGUUUUCAAACAGAGCUUUAAGAGGACGUUCUGCUCAGUUUAUUCUCAUAACCUUUCCUAAGACCAGUGAAACUACAUUAAAAGAGAAGAACUUCAAGGCCAGGAGACGUGCUCCAACUAACUUACUGUAAGCUACUUCUUUGGUGUAUGGGGGAAAUUAGUAAGGAAGGAUUUUAUUGUCUUCCCCUACAACUAGGGGAAUUAAUUUACUUAUAACCUAAGUAGAAAUUAAUGUAUGUUAUUUAUAUAUAUACAUUCAUUCUUGACUGGAAGACAGGCAAGUCAUGACAAAAAUAAAUAACUCUGUGUAACAUUCUAUUCUUUCAAGUGUUCAUGCCCAUCUACCUCAGUUAACAAGAUAAAAUAGGACCUGUUAUUAAUCGGAUUUUCCUUUGAAAGGCCAGUUAAUCUGUUUUCUUUCUGUUUUAUUUGUUGCUAUGAGCCUCUACCACCAGUUCAUUUUUUGUAUGAGAAUUAACAGAUAUUUUUGCUGAUGUGCCUGUGUGACGAGAUGUUCUUGUGCUGCUGUUAUUCUCAGGAGGCUGAAGGGGAAAGGGGAAUCAUACUUUGGUUGUAAAGUAAUACAGGAACCAAUCCCUCUUUCAUCAAGAACAUUAGUAAAGUUUCUGGUGCUUUGGGAAGUAAAAUGCUCAAUUCCUAAGAAACAGAUAAUUUAAAAUCAUGAUUGUCUUUUCCCAUUCCUGUGAAUGCUGGAAAAGGGUAAUUUUCUGAUCAUUACUGGAAAGAAGUGUAAAAUCAGGGGAUGCAUGAACUCUUUCUGUGAUGAACCUGUAGUAAGCUCUAAUAGUGAUAGAAAUUGAGUACUUAAUGAUGACCUGUCGGGGAAAAAAAGCUUCAGAGAGUAAGCUUCAGUAGGUCAAACCAUUCUUUCCACUGAAGAAUUUGAUGCGAAGUAAGAGCCCAGCAUCCCUAGUGGUAAAAACACAUCUUCUGCAGGGUCACUUAGAGAUCAGCUUUGAAGGCAGUUGUAUUCAGCUUUGUCAAUCUGUUUCUUAUCUGUAAGGCUGCAAACUUCUGUAGAGAAGAAACUUUGUUCUUUUCAUAUACUGCCUAACAGAAUGAGGCCCCGGAUAAUGAGUUGAAGCCAGAAUUGUUGUAGUAAUUAAUGAAGUUUAGAUGCCAUCUAAGGUUUGUCUUUUUCACCUUGAAAGACAUUUUCUUGAUUAUUUUUCAAACCUGAUAAAGCUGAUGGAAUUUGUCUGAAAGCCUUCUGCAUUGCUUGGCCAUGCAGAAUUCACACAGAUUUGGUUUCUGUAAGGUUUAUAUCUAGGACAGACUAAUUGUUGGAGGGUAGUAGUAAACCUUGACAAGGAACACAGUAGCUCUUUUCUGGGAUAUGGGGUGAAGAUUAAACCACUGUGGUUACUGAGUGCCAAGGAGAGCUACCAGUAGUCAUAUAACAUACAGUGCAAACUGGGCUGAGCAGAAUGGUUCCUCUACAUACAAAUUGGCAUACUGGCGGGGUGGAAUGAAUGUCGUCUUUUUAAAUCAUAUGGAAAUGAACUGAGACUGCAGUGUUUGUGGGUUAUUCAGUUCUUUUGGGGCUUUUUUUCUUUUUCUUUCUGAGUUUCACUGAUUCUUUCUAAUACCUCCUUAGAAUAACUCUCUAUAAUCUGUGAUCACUUACUUUACAUAAGAUCUCUUUAUUUAUGGCUUUAAUACUGAUCUUCAGAGUUGGAUCUCUGUUUGUUAGUUGUGCUCUGACAAAAACAUAGAAAGCUGCCCUUUGCGUGUUUCUGUUCCACUGCUGUGAUGCAGUGCUGGGUCAGGCAUUUCAGAUGGCAGUGCUUUUAGUAUUGCAAGAAGAAAAUUAACUGGCUUUGACUCUUUUGCUUCAAGUUUGAGGAAGAUCCUUACCCCCUUCAGUCUGAUUUUUGUUCUUUCAUUCCUUUUUUUUUUCUUUUUUUUUUUUCCAAGUGAAAACAUAAAUAACUUUUUUAGAGUUAUGCUUUCAUCUGUGUCUGGCUCUUUUUCUCUGUUUGCUCGAGUCCCCAGAAUUAGCAGGAGUAAUGUUCUAGUUUGCAGUGCAGUAGGAAAGAAUAACUCGACUUUUUAAAAUGUAAUAAACAGCGUAAGACCUGGAACAAGUACAAAACCUUCAGACAAGGUGAAAGCCCCCAGAAGAAUACCUCUAUUCAAAAUGUCUGUGGAUGUCUGCAAAUACUGCCAGGAGCUAAGUCUUGUCCUUUUCCUUUCCAAACAUGUGUAUUAGGCUUUUCUUUAAAAACACGUACUGUAUCCUUGAACUCUCCCAUGCUUCCAGUUAAAGAAGGUAGUAUUUUCUUUAGACUAGUUGAUUCAUACGUAAAAUAAAAUCCGUGAGACAUUAUUUUGGUUUCGGUUAUUUCCCUCUUGUGAUACUGGAUGGAAAACAGUCUUUUUGAAAUACUCAAGCUUUGGAAAACAGCAAAUGUUUCUAGCUGUUGAAGGUUUUUACUGUGGGCUGUAAAAAUAAUGUGCUCUUAAUUACACUUCCUCUACGAUGAAUUCAUACCAUAUUUUGCUUCCCUUGUUUACAAACGCAUUGCUUUCAGCAAGGACCCUGAAUAGAUGGAAACCUACCUGCUUUACUUAAUACUUUUAUCGUAAAAACAAAAGAAAACAAGCAAAUUUUCUGAGGAGAAAAUAGACUUGAAGUUACCUGUCUUGACAUCUCAGGAAUUUCACUGGAUAUAAAACUGGCUCUAACUGAACUGAUCAAGCUUUGUUUAGAAUUUCACAUAUCCUUUAAGACUUGUAUGUACUGUACAGCAGAUCGUCUCCUAAUACUGUCAGCUGUGAUGAGUUUCUCCUGUGCGUGAUUUUUCAUCCCCAGGAUCCAAGCUGUCAACAUACUGGGAUGGCUCGAUUCCCUGGAGCAGCCUUAAAGGCCAAGGUCUGACCCAGUUAGAGACUUCACUCAACAAAGUAUUCUGUGCUGUGCCAUUAGUAAUCAGAUAAAUAGCCUGAUAAUCUCAUGCUGUAUGUCCAUCUCAGAACUGUGGGGCCCAUUGUAAAACAGAAGCACCCUCCCACAACCAUGUAGCCAUUAUAAAUAUACUUCCCUUAAGCCCAUGUGUAUUGAUCUGUUGAUUCCUCUUCUUAAAUCAUAGUAGAUCUUCUGAGGUAACUUUAGCCUGUUUCUUUUCUUUCACUGCCCUCCAUGUCUUCAUUGUGAUUUAUGUAGUUUUUAUUGUUUUUUAAUGGCACCAGUUAGAAUUUUACCUCCUCUUGUCUGUGCAACGAGACAUCUGCUUUACGGACAGAUCAGAAUGGCUUUAUUUUGCGUGGGAACUUUGCCACCAAUUUACCUUUUCAUAAUCCCCAUUGGGUAAAUGGUUGUAGUUAAAACCCCUAUAUCACACAGUCUGUUCUGUACUCAUUUCUAAGUGGACAUGGGAUAACUUGCAUAAUCUGCAUAGCAAAUGAUAGUAAUUUCUUCCUUAAAUAUAGAAUCAUAGCAUGGCUUAGGUUGGAGGGGACCUUGAAGGUCAUCCAGUUCCAACCCCAUGCCAUGGGCAGGGCUACCGCCCACUACACCAGGCUACGCAGGGCCCCAUCCAACCUGGCUUUGUCAUUUUUUUGGGGUCAGUGAGAGUCAGAGACUGACUGUUGUUUAAUGUGUCAUCUGUUCCACCUGGGUGACACCCUUGUGUUUGAACGUCACAAGCAGAGACUGAUUUUGUUAGCUGUGCUAUUGCCAGCAGCCUAAGAAGGAUUCUUUGUGGCUCCAAGGCACUUAUUUACUCGUUUUUAUUUGGCUUGGAAUCACAGAGUUUCUUGUCACAGUCCACUGAGAACAAUAGCAAAAGUCCUGCUGAAAUUUAACUUACUGGGAAGGAAUCACAAAUGGUAUAGGAUUUAUUCUUGGAUUGCCUUACGGUGUCACCAUCUUUUGUUAGAUAAUAAUCUCAUGUUCCUUAAUGACAAGACAGUCAAACAAAGCAUGUCUUCUACAGCAGAGGUUGUCUCUACGGGGGUAGUUUUUUAUUCAAAAUCUAGGCAAGAGAAAAUUCUUCCCAGGCCUCCAAAAUGUGCAUGGAAAGAAGGGAUUCACAUAAAGAUGAUGGCCUUGUGAUCAAAUUUAGCGUCUGAAAUAUUUUUGGACAUGGCAACUCCAGAAAUUCUUCUAAGUAUUUUUCUUAAAAUCCCCUCUAUAUUCUGCUUAUAACAAAGCCCCGUGAGAAUGGCUGCCGGAGAUCAGAAAAUGAACUCCACUGUGAUUCAUAUUUCAGAUCGCCAGGAAAAUGAAAGACUUCAGGCCAAAUCCCAGAACAUGCUCAAAUGUGCGAUAGUCAGGAUCAAGAGCUCAGUAUUUGCUUCUGUGAAGAACUUGGGCUACUUGUAAUUUUUAACCAGUCUUGUAGAAGGAAAUUCACCAAAAAAUGGAGUUAAUGUGUAUGUAUUAUGUGAAGUAGCGUACAAGUCAGGCUAUAGAAUAUCAUGAAUUUUAAAAAAAAAUGUUGCUUGGAUGUUUGUUUUGGUUUUGCUUUCUUUUAAUGUGUGGGGUUUUUUUUGUCUUACAUUGGCAUAAUUAAAAAAGAUUAUUGUCAGA